AUGACGCUUCCAGUACUGGCGCGAUCCGAAACGGCUUUGUCCUACGCGGGUUUGCUGUUGACCGGUAUCACCCUCGUCUGGAAAACGGUCGGGCUGUCCGUUAUCCCCGGCUUUGACGCCAUUUGGGGAUCCUCACAAUAUCCCCAACGCGGCGAUCGAUUUCCCAACUCGUCGGCGACUUUUUCCUUCUCCUGGGAUGCUUAUUAUCUCCUCUUGUAUGGAAUCAUUGGUUGCUACGCCCAAUGGAACGCCCUGCAACUAACAACUAGUCAGACGACCUGGAAAAGCACUGAAACGGGGACGCCUAUAAGGGGACGGAAGCAAACUACCGCGACGGCUCGACAAGCGCGCAAGUACGGCAUUUUCCACGUAAUCAUGGGCGUCCACCAUACCGUUUGGAGUUGCACGCGAUCCUGGGGGCGGUUGGGGCUGGAACGGUUUCAACUUCCACUCAAUUACGGCUACCUGCCCUUCACCGCCGGUUCCUUGUGCUGCACCUACCACGGAUGGAAAUUGACACAAACCAAGGCUGGUACCGGUAACGAGGACCAGACGACACCGUUGGACGAAACGAUUCGUCACAAAACACUGUUGGACACUGCCUCGAUCCUCUCCUGUAUUCCACUCUUUUGCUUUUUACCACUCAACUGGUUUCCUAAUAUAGAGCGGAACCGUACAUUUGAGCGGAACGUGUGGAUGGCCACCGUCUGGGCGCCCGGAUGCUUGUUUGCCUACGAUGCCAUAUAUCACUACUAUUACUCCUCCAACUCCGAUCCGAAUCACAGCCGAAGUAACGAAACAAACAAAGAAUCGAAAUUGGAGUAG